CCGGGGCCGCCGCCCAGAGGCAGGACCUGUGCAGGAGCCGCGGCUGCGCUCAGGCCGAGCCCCAAGCCGCCUCCCUGGGCCCUGGCCCAGCUUGUUCUGGCCGCUCACUCUGCCGGGGGAGCCCGGUUUCCCUCCUCCCUUUGGGCUGUGGCCUCUCAGAGCACAGGGGAGAGUCAGGUGGCCAGUAGCCCCUCCCCCCAGGUCCUGGUCUUCCCCCAGUGCGCCCCGCCCCGCUGCGUGUCAGCGGGGCCCACUGGCCUUUGUCCCGGUCAAAUCUCACCUUUGAAGCAUCCAGGCCCCUGGGAAGCCGCUGCUCGAGGGGAAAGGACGAAGAUUGGGGAAAAGAGGGUACUUGGAGGGAGGGAGAGGGAGAGCCCACUUGAUGCCCCUCCCUCACCCCCUGCCCUCUGUGGCCAGCCCACCUCCCCAUCGCUCUGGAGCUGAAGGAGGGACCUUAAGGGGAGCCCAGGGCAGUGGGACUCUUGAUAGGAAGCCAGGCCCAUUGUUUCCUGGAUGCCCUGCCGGGAAGAGGCUCUCCGUGGAAGCCUCUCCUGCCCGUCAUGUAUCCUAUUCAGCAAGAUCACCCGUGAACCCCAACAGCGGAGUCUCCCCUUCCGGGGGCUCCCUCUUACUGCCAUCAUGCAGAUGCCUCCUCCCCUCCUCCCCUUCAUCACCUUCAGCCUGGUCUGGGACACUUAAUAAUAAAUGUGCUUUAUUUCUGGGGAUGCCCUUCACCAGCCCCACCCCUCCCCCUGCAGCCUUCCCAGGCCUGUCCAGGAACUACCUCCCAGGUGACUUUGCCCUGGCCCCAGAGGAGAUGGUCCCUAGCCUCCUGUCAGCUGGGACCCCCCAGGAAUCGGUGACCUUCAAGGAUGUGGCCGUGGACUUCACCCAGGACGAAUGGAUGCACCUGGACUCUUCUCAGAAGGAGUUUUACAGGGAUGUAAUGCUGGAGAACUAUAGCAACCUAGUCUGCCUGGGGCUUGCAUUUUCCAAACCAUAUAUCAUCUAUCAAUUGGAGCGAAGGGAAGCACCGUGGAUUCCAGAGGGAGACAUAACAAGGAUUAGCCAUCCAGAUUGGGAAACUAAGUAUGAAUCCAUGGAGUCUGUUCCAAAACUAAGUAUUUCAAUGGAAGAAUCAUCCCAGGAAAUACUUGAGAAGAAUGAUCUCCUUUCCUCAUUGGGAGAAUCCUUGGAAUGUAACACUAAGUUAGAAAAUCAUCUGAGGAAUGACAAGCAACAUUUCUGGGAAGUCAAAAUCACACAAGAGAAACACUCCAAUAAGUUUAGAGUCUAUGAAAAUAAUAGUUAUUGCAGAAGCUUUAAUCUAGGGCCAAUUCUUUUCCCACAACAGAUAGUAGGAAAGAAUCAGAGCACAUGUGACACACAUGGAGAAUACUUCAAACUGCAAACAGAUGGAAGAAAAUAUAGUAGUAGGUGCUCAAAUAAAACAUUAUCUAAAUAUAGGAAAUGCCUUAUGUAUAAUUCAGCCUUUAUUGACAGUGGUGGAAUAUGUAUUACAGAAAGGCUUUAUGAUUGUAAUGAAAGUGAGAAGACUAACCCAAGGAAAGGAUUUUCCAUUUACGAGAAAAUUCAUACUGGAGAGAAACUUUAUGAAAAUAAAUUUGGGAGCACCUUUUGCCUCAGGAUGGAAAUUCCUGGAUAUCAAAAUGUUCUUACUGGUGAAAAACCUCAUCAGUGUAAUGUAUGUGGGAAGACCUUUCGGCUAAAAGCACAACUUAACCAACAUCAGACCAUUCAUACUGGUGAGAAACCAUAUAAAUGUAAUGAAUGUGGAAAGUCUUUUAGACUAAAAGGACAGCUUAAUGAACAUCAGAAAAUUCACACUGGCGAGAAACCGUAUAAAUGUAAUGAAUGUGGGAAGGCCUUUUGCAGGCGUUCAAAUCUCACUGAACACCAGAGAAUUCACACUGGUGAGAAACCUUACGAAUGUAAUGAGUGUAGCAGGGCCUUCUGCCUGAGCGCAGCUCUUACUAAACAUCAGAGAAUCCAUACUGGUGAGAAACCUUAUAAAUGUAAUACAUGUGGGAAAACCUUUAGACUUAAAGCACAGCUUAAUCAGCAUCAGUCAAUUCAUACUGGUGAGAAACCAUUUGAAUGUGUUGAAUGUGGUAAGGCUUUCCGUCAAAAAGGACAGCUUAAUGAACACCAGAAAAUCCACACUGGUGAGAAACCUUAUCAGUGUAAUGACUGUGGGAAGGCCUUCUGCAGGCGUUCAAAUCUCACUGAACAUCAGAGAAUUCACACUGGUGAGAAACCUUUUGAAUGUAAUGACUGUGGCAGGGCCUUCUGCCUGAGCACAACUCUCACUGAGCACCGGAGAAUUCACACUGGUGAGAAACCUCAUGGAUGUAUUGAAUGUGGGAAAGCUUUCCGCCUAAAAGCACAGCUGAAUCAACAUCGCAGAAUUCACACUGGAGAGAAACCAUAUAAGUGUAAUCAGUGCGGGAAGGCCUUUUGUAGGCGCUCUAACCUUACUGAGCAUCAGAAAAUUCAUACUGGAGAGAAACCAUAUGAAUGUUUUGAAUGUGGGAAAGCCUUUAGCCAGAAAGUAAAACUUAUUCAACAUCAGACCAUUCAUACUGGUGAGAAACCUUAUGAAUGUAAUGCGUGUGAGAAAUCAUUCCGUCUGAGCACAGCACUUAACGAACACCAGAGAAUUCACACUGGAGAAAAACCUUAUGAAUGUAAUGAAUGUGGGAAGGCUUUCCGCCUAAAAGCACAGCUUAAUCAACAUCGAAGAAUUCAUACGGGAGAGAAGCCUUAUGAAUGUGACAAAUGUGGGAAGGCCUUCUGUUGGGGCACACAGCUUAUAGAACAUAAAAGAAUUCAUUCUGGAGUAAAGCCCUAUGAAUGCAGCAAAUGUGGAAUGUCAUUCCACCUGAGAAGUGAGCAUACUCAACAUCAGGGAAUUCAUUCUACAAAGAAAAUAUACGGAUACAGUGGCUGAGGAAAGGUUUUGUUCCUGAGUAAGCACUGUACUCAUCAGUUCAUACUAAUCAGAAACUUAUGUAUUCUAUGAAUAUGGAAAGCUUUUAAACCAGACCAGAAAACUUACUCAACAUCCAAUGAAUAUAACAAACCAGUGAAAUGCUGAAGCUAGUUAUUAGUCUUUCCUAAAAAUUAGAGAAUUGAAACUUAGGGAAACCAACCUCAUAGAUGCUCCUUCAACUUGCUUAAUUCACCAUCUGAGGGCUAUUAACCAUCCACACUCAUUACUGCCACAAAGGGAAGAAAAAUCCUUCCUCUUCUUUAAGACUAUUUUCUUAAUCCCAUUACUCUUCUUGCUAAUUCCAAAAUAUUAUUCCAAUGAUGCAUCUUCACUCUAUUCUUCCAAAUCAAGAAGUUCACAGCAGUCUAUGAUUAAACUAUCCAGUUAAAGAAAUGCUGAUUUAAAAAAAAUUAUAACUAUACAUAACUCACUGUGUUUAUAAAUAGACAAAAACUUUUAUUUUAAAGCCCUGCUCUUCCCAGAGCUUAUUUUUGAAAAUACUGGACACUUCAGUGAAUUAGCAUGCCAUGUGAAGGUGGGUAGAGUAGUCUUAAAUAAGGAGAUUCUGAAAAUGUCCCAGUAACAGAUGACUAUGGAGUUGAAUGUUAAAUGAAGAUAAAUGAGUUUGAAAAGAUGAAGGGGAAAAUGCAUUUCAGGAUGGAUAGAUUUAUUUUGCUUCACUGGGCUUGACCAAAGGGAGGGUUCUAUGGUGGGGGAAUUCUUUGAUGGUAGACAGUCACAAUAGAAAUACAAAUUACACAUGGCAAUAGAACAUUUUAAAGGAUUUUUCCUUUUUGUUAUUAUGUACUUGGCAAACAUCAAAAAAACAUGAACAUUUAUUUAGAUAGAGAUUUUUAACAUUUUUAGUAUCAUAGAUUCCUUUUGGCAGCCUAGUUAAUUCCAUGAAUCUCAGGAUUUUUUUUUUUUUUUUUUUGGAGGGGGGGAGAUUAUCCAUAAUGAAAAGAAAUGUUAAACUUUGGAAGUUGUAAAAAUAAAAUACAGAUGUAAAUUCCCUAAAAUUCCCUAAAUCUAUUCCCUAAAAUCUACUCCUGGACUCUAGGUGAAUACCUGCUAUAAGGAAAAAAUUAAAAAAGGAGUUCUAUGAACAAUAAGUCUCCACUAUAAAUAAAUGAGAAUUUUUUGUGUGUAUUCUAAGUUUUUCACAUGGCAAUUUCAAAACUGCCUUGUCAGUUUCUUUUAUCCAUUCUAAACACCUGGUAUUUUUUUUUUCCUCCUGUGUCCACAGUACUUAACUCUCUGGCACGCUGUGCUACAUAAUUUUUUUUUUUUUUUUUUUCUGAUCACCUCUUAACUUUUGAAUUGAAUGUAUGACAUGGACUGACCAGCUUGACAUGCUCAUUUGAAAAGGUGCUGUGCUGUAGGAGCAAAGCAGAACUGCAUUAACCUGGAAGGAACUU